AAGUGUGAGUCCAGAAAAGGGCAUCAAGAUUGAAGAAUUGCACCAAAUCCCCACAAAAAUACUACAAAAGGAAUUGUAAUAAUAAUAAUUGAAUUUGCCAUUGUUGACCAGCCUUCAAAACUUGUUGCUUUCUUCCUCUUCCUAUAAAUCUCUCCUCCUUCUCAGGCCUACUACUACCACUACUACUACUACUACAUCCCUCCGCUUCCCCACCUCCGUGCCCGCCCUCCGAUCGACCCCUUUCCCCCUCCGUCUCUCCUCAACCAUGGUUGAUGUGGCUGCUGAUUCCGGCAUGGAUGCUGUCCAGAGACGCCUUAUGUUUGAAGACGAAUGCAUUUUGGUUGAUGAGAAUGAUCGAGUUGUUGGCCAUGACACCAAAUACAACUGCCAUUUGAUGGAAAAGAUUGAGUCUCUAAAUUUAUUGCAUAGAGCUUUCAGUGUCUUCCUGUUUAACUCAAAAUAUGAGUUAUUGCUUCAGCAACGAUCUGCAACUAAGGUGACCUUUCCUUUGGUGUGGACAAACACCUGCUGCAGUCAUCCUCUCUACCGGGAUUCUGAGCUUAUUGAAGAAAAUGCUCUUGGGGUGAGAAAUGCGGCUCAAAGGAAGUUGUUGGAUGAACUUGGCAUUCCCGCUGAAGAUGUCCCNGUUGACCAGUUUACUCCGUUGGGUCGUAUGCUGUACAAAGCACCAUCAGAUGGAAAAUGGGGAGAACACGAAUUGGACUAUCUCCUCUUCAUUGUGCGGGAUGUUAGUGUGAACCCAAAUCCAGAUGAAGUAGCUGAUGUCAAAUACGUGAAUCGAGAACAGCUGAAAGAGCUUUUGCGAAAAGCUGAUGCUGGUGAGGGAGGUCUGAAGCUGUCCCCGUGGUUCAGAUUAGUUGUUGAUAACUUCUUGUUCAAAUGGUGGGAUCACGUUGAGAAAGGUACUCUCAAGGAAGCUGCUGACAUGAAGACCAUUCACAAGUUAACUUAGAAAUGUUAUUUCGAAUUUUGCUGCAUUUGAUUCAAAUGGAUGAAUUCAGGAAAAUAGGUUCUUGAGACCAAUUUGGUAAGAAAUAUUGAUGGAUUUGGUGAUGAUGUAAGGUGAAACUGAAAUUUGAGGUUUCUCCAUGUCUUGUUUAGGAUGCCUUCGUUUGUGCUUUACAGUAAGCUGUUGCAAUAACUCAUUAAAAACUCUUUUCCAUGCACCUACAA